AAAAAAAUAAGAAGAAGAAGAAGAGUUUCUCUCUCUCUCCGUGUCUCUGUCUGUGUGUGUAUGUGGCUCUUUCGCUCUCUCGGCAGACUCGGCUAGUUCUAGGGUUUCAAACCGAUCACCGAUCAUCCCCCUGUUGGUGAUCCAACCUUCCCCACAAGAGUUGAAGCUCUUCAGCCAUGGAGGAAGAUGCCCCCGUCACCUUCCUCCACAGCUGCUGCGCUCCUCCGCACGAUCUCCUGCCCUAAAUUCCUGUAACUAGUACAGCCAAGCCGGGAAUGUGGGUUUAGGUUUUGGUUUUCUUAGCUUUCUCACUGACUGAUUAUAUAAUGAUGGGGAGCACCGGUGACGCCGACCGGAAACGGCGCCAUGUUAGCUCGACAUCGCCCACGGCUGUUGCAAAGAAGCAGCCCUUCUUGCCCAUCUCCGAGGACAAGAAGCUUGAUACUGGUCUCGUGGUUUAUAAGAACCAGAAGCUUAUGGAGACGGUAGAAACCAAUAAGAUUGAGCUUGCUGCUCGUGAGAAGGAAUACAAAAUGCUGCAAGAGAAGUUGGUUGAGCGUACUGCAACAGUAGAAUCGGUUAAAAGGUCUUGGAAAGAGCUGAUUAACCGAUUGGAGUCUUCUUCCAUUGCGAGAGCAGCAAGCAUCAAUGAGAUAGGCAAAUGUACAUCGAGUCUUAAUGAAGAUGGUCCAUCUUCCCCAGAGGAUGCUCUUCAUAGUCGCCUGAAAGAAACUGGUGCAACUGAAAGUUCCUCGUUUAAUAACUGUGUGAGUAACAUUGAGGAACAUCAUGAUACAGCCAUGGAAAAGAGUCGCCUGUUACAUGGUAUAGAGUUGACCAUUGAGGACCUUAGGCAUUACAAGGAAAAAGUACAUGCUGCCGUUCUGAAGCAGAUUCCAGAAGAUGGUACCCGCUUAUGUUCAUCUAGGAAAAAGACUUCUAAUGAUUUGGCAAGAGAAGUAAAGAACUUCAGAUUGUUGAUCGAUGAUCUUCAUAUGAAGCAUAGGCCUUUGGUGAGGGAGUUACAGUGCCUGCGAGAUGCUGAUGCACAAAAUAAGGCUGAGAUUAGACGUCUAAAGGGUGAACUGGAGAGUGUAAUGGUGGCAUUGGAAGAGACAAACAAAAAAUUAGCACCUCUUAAAGCAGAACAUGAUGCAACUAAAGGCACAUCUUUCCCUCCUUUUAACUUUGGGAAUAAGAACCUUUUCGGUGAGAAGGUUAGGGAUAAACAGAGGGACCUUGGAGAUGUCGAGUCAAUUCUCAGAGAGCUACAGGACCAAGCUUCCUCUCGACUGGAAGAAGUUAGAAUUCUCCAUGAAGAACGCAUUAAGAUAUUUCAGCAGCUAUCAACAUUUCAGAACAAGUUGAAGAAUGUGAGGUUCAUAACCUCGUCUCAGCCGUGGCUCCUCUUAAGAGAUCAUCUAGAGAAAUCGAAAUUGGAAGUUAUCCGCUACCAGACUUUAUAUGAUAAACUACAGAUGGAGAAAGAGAAUCUUGCAUGGAGGGAAAUGGAGUUGAGCAUAAAAAAUGACAUGGUCGAUGUCUACAGAAGAUGUUCUGUAGUUGCUGAUUCUAGGAUGACUGAUCUGGGAAUGGAAAUACAGAAACAAAGCGAUGAAAGAAAGAUGAUUGAAGUAAGAAUGGCAGAAGCAUCGAAGGAGCCGGGAAGACAGGAAAUAAUAACAGAUUUCAAAGCCUUGCUAUCUACGUUUCCGGAGGAGAUGCAAACCAUGCAAAGUCAAUUGAGCAAGUACAAAGAGGAUGCUGUGGAUAUCCAUUCUUUGAGAGCUGAAGUGCAGGCUCUUUCCAGCAUUCUCAAUAGGAAGGUCGAGGAGUGCAAAACUUUAUUGAGAAGGUCUGCUGACCAGGUUGCUGAAAUAAGAAAGUUAAAAGCUAUGGUCGAAGAUAUAAAGCAAAGUGAUAUGGAGUUGAAUCUAUUUUUGGAUAUGUAUAGACGAGAAUCUAUUGAUUCUAGGGAUGUGGCUGAGGCCAAAGAUUUGGAGUACAAGGCAUGGGCUCGUGUGCAGAGUUUGAAAUCCUCUUUAGAUGAGCACAGCUUAGAACUAAGGGUGAAGACUGCAAUUGAAGCUGAGGCAACUUCACAGCAGAGGCUUGCUGCUGCAGAAGCUGAAAUUGCAGAACUGAGACAGAAAUUAGAAGCUUCUAAAAGGGAGAUGUCUAGGCUUACUGGUGCCUUGAAGUCAAAAAUUGAAGAGAAUGAGGCCUAUUUAUCAGAGAUCGAGUCAAUUGGACAGGCAUAUGAUGACAUGCAAUCCCAAAACCAGCAACUGUUGCAGCAGAUUACAGAGAGAGAUGAUUACAACAUUAAGCUUGUUUUAGAGGGUGUCAAAGCCCGACAAAUACGAGAUUCUCUGCUCAUGGAGAGACAGACACUAGAGAAGCAGAUUCAGCAGGCCACUGCCUCUAUCGACUUUUUCAACAUGAAGGUCGGUAGAAUGGAAGAUCAGUUGCAAAUCAACUCUGAAAAGGUUCAGAAACUUGGAGAAGAUCGGAUGCACAAUUCCUAUAGUCUGGACAAUACCCAGAAGAGAUUGUCUGAAGUGAGGAAAAUAUCUCAGCAAGUAGGGGGUUCACUCGGGGAAUUGGAGUCCCAAGUGGAGGACGACCGAGGGACCUUUGCAGAGCAACGGAUAGAGCUUGAAAGGGAAAGCUACAAGAAGAAAAGAGUAGAGGAAGAACUGGAAGCUGUUAAGAGAAAGGUUGCACUUCUUCAGGCAGAGAAGGAGGGUUCAGUUGUGCAAAAGCUUCAGCAGGAACUUAAGCAAUAUAAGGAGAUAGUAAAGUGCAGCAUCUGUCUCGAGCGGCCAAAAGAGGUCGUUAUCACAAAAUGCUAUCACUUAUUCUGCAACACCUGCAUUCAGAGGAUAAUAGAAACCCGCCACAGAAAAUGUCCAUUUUGUGCUGCAAGCUUUGGGCCCAAUGAUGUGAAGCCUGUCUACAUCUGAUGAUUAGCACCUGGGGGAUACUGGAACCCUUUCCCGACUACUCCAUUGUCAAUAACAUAACAGUAUGUAUCUUUUUAUUUUUGAAAUUAAUCGAGAGCAAGACCACAGGUUAGAUGUGUAUUUGUUAGAAUUUGGAUUGGUGAUUGCUCGGAUAGUAGCUCUGGGUAGGAUGCAGUGGAGUUACUCUCCCAUUUCAUGAUUACAGAGAAGCUCCUACGCUGGUUCGGGUUAUAGGUUGUUGGGAACUUGUAGUGUUCGUUGGUUUACUGCUUGUAGAUGUAGAUGUCAGAAAUUUUUCCGGUUAAGUGGAUUAGAUAAAUUUCCGCAUACUUUAUUCCCUGCAUAUGUAUGAUUCAUUAUUUAUUUUUGCUUCUAGAGGCCCGGAGCCAGCGUCACAUUAUUUCAAUUUUUGUGUAAUCAAAGGUUCUCUGAGAAUUGAUUGCUUGCCCCA